AUGAAGCAUCUCAAUCAUGCCAAGAAUGACCAAGAUUCCCAAAAGCUUCUUAUCUACCAAUGGUGCCCUAAGGAUUAUAUAUACACCCUAUAUUGUUGUCCUUUAUCGCCAGUUCAACUGGUUAAGGAUGUACAAAAACUUAAACUUGAUUGCCCUUCAACCCUUAAACCAAGGCAUUGCAUGAUCCAUUGUUGUUACAAUGGCUUAGUUAUUAUCGAGAUUUGUGAUAACAAUCAAUUCAUAUAUCUGUUGUGGAACCCCUCCAUAAGAGAAUCAAUAGUACUCCCCCCUCUAGGAUGUCCCUGGGAUGGAGGUUCUCGUUUUGGUUUGGGUUAUGACUCAAGCAGUGGUGGGUAUAAGAUCCUUCAUAUGCACCAGAACACACAUCGUCCCAAAUAUCCUAAUGAAAUUCUUGCGUUGAAAGGUGGCUCUUGGAGAAGCAUUGAUGAACAUCCUUGUGCCAAUCGUCGUUGGUUUUAUGCCAUGGAUUAUUUGCCAUUUAUACAUGCGGCAUUUCAUUGGAUCGAGGUUUCAAGAAAUUUAUUUGUGGUGUUUUCGUUUAAUAUUUCAAAUGAAGUGUACGGAGAGAUACCUUUGUCUGAGGAAAUAGUAAGCUUAACGUCAGGCCCCUACAAUGUUGGCAUUUCUGUGUUGGAAGGAAUGCUUUGUGCUCAUUCUAAGUCAUUUUUUACGGGAAAGUCUACUUUUAAGGUAUGGAUAUUGAAAGAAUAUGGUGUCAAGGAAUCUUGGAUGCCAUUGUUAACUAUAGUAAAAGAUAUUCCAUUUUAUAAUGCCUCACCGAGAUAUAGGUUUUUGGAUGGUGAAGUGUUAUUCUGGUGCGUGAAUCUUGUAACUAGAGGGCACGCAUUUAGGACGGUCAAUAAACCAUUUAGAUCAUGGUCUCGAUGGGUAACUAGAGGGCAUGCAAUUAGGACGGUCGAUAGACCAUUUAGAUCAUGGCCUCGAUGUGAUAAGUCUCAAGGUGGACAUGUUUUUACAGAAAGAUUGAUAUCUCCAAAAUCACUUACUUAUUAG